GAGCCCAUCAACACCGGCAGCAGAAGAAUUCUGCCCCAAAUCACGAAAUCAAACCCAGCAGAUUCGAGAUUCCACACAGAAAGAAUGAGAGGCCCAAUACCCAACUUCUUGGCAAUCACAGCCUUCCUUCAAUCCCUCACCUCAGCCCACAUGGUCCUCACCUAUCCAGGCUCCCGAGGAAAUAAUCUCCACCUGAACGGCACACCACCCGCCUUCAAUCCCGAAACAGUCGGAAUCGACUACUACGAGAACGGCACGCUUGGUUUCCCUUGGGGAAUGCAAUGGAUGCACCCAUGCGGCGGAAUGUCUCUAACACACAACCGAACCCUCUGGCCCGUAUCAGGAGGCGCCAUCUCCGUGCAACCCGGGUGGUUUCCGGGGCACAAAAAAGCCCUCUUCUACAUCAACCUCGGGAUCUCAGAACCCGGAGAAUUCUCCCCUCCACCACAUUACAUGAACAAUCUCGUACAAGCCUUCCAAAUCAUCGGGCCGAGCAAUGUGGUGUACAUGGCACAGUUCUGUCUACCUGAGGUCAAAAUCCCUCCGGAGCUGGGAUUGAAGAAAGGGGAUAAUGUCACGAUCCAGGUGAUUGAGACGGCGCAGCACGGGGCUAGUUUGUAUACUUGUGUGGAUGUGACAUUGGCAGAUCCCGAAGAGGUCGUGCCCGUGACACCACAGAAUUGCUACAACACUUCGAAUCUGGAGUUCAGGAAUGUUUAUACCGCUCCGAUUCCGCAUGAUCAUGUGCAGGGGUAUAGUUAGGUUGUGGGACGAUCGAACAUCGGAUUCCGGGUCUGGCCGGCAUCGUUCAGCCAGGACAGUUGCCACGUUCCAGCGCUUCGACUAGACCUUACCUACGAUCUCAAGUACGACGCUUCAGUCUCCACGACCUCACCGAGUACCGCAACGCUUACCGAAGACGAUGAUCAUCGGCCAGGAACGAAUAGGGAGCGACAGGUUAAGAUGCAUCGCACCAUCUACCAAAUCCUAUGCUGAUCGUCGCGUCACAAAUUCUCGAGAAUAGACAGGUCAGAUUUCGAAUCGGGGGAUGAAGAAUUCGGUGAUCUAAAAGGACGGUGUGAUGCCCUCCCACCUUUUCUCGUCCAAGAAAAAAACUGUCAUUGAGCAAACAUGGGUCAUCGUAAUCUAUAUUACUAUCAAGCGAUCUAAUGUAUGUAUCUAUCGUAUGUACACAGCAAGCCUUGCGACUCAAAACAACGGUCGUAUGUACAAGAUGACGUCUUCCACGUUUUAGUGAUUACUUUCCGUCCUUUAUACAAUGGUCUUCAGCGACAGCGGUCUUCAUUCAGUCGACAUCAUCCUCAUCCACCACAUCUGGAUCCUCAAGCAAGAUAGUCUCAGUACAAAAGUGGACGUCUUCUUCUUCUUCAUCCUCCCCCUCAAAGGUUCUACAAUCACCAUCUUCUUCUUGCCCAGUAGCUUUAUGACAACGAGGAAUGGUAAAACGUGGAAAGUACCGGUGGUGCAACCUCAGCCGACUCGAACGACCACAUAAAAUCGAUUUGAGCAAGAUUCGGCCAAGGAAUGUCUCAAUCGAAGGAAAUGCUGAACUGUGCAUUGUCAUCAUGCAGGCGCCUCGUGCAUUGCGGAAAGAGAGUAAUGGCGAAUCGGUCUUCAGUAGCCGACCCUGAGAGUCUGACCACUCACUAGUGAGUGCUGUGGAGUGAGAUUCACAUUCAGAUAGUGGCGAAAUAGCCCGAACAGUGGAUGUCGACUCAGUCUGACCAAUAGGAGUCGUCUUGGCCCAUUCAAUGAGACGUCGGCUCUCACUUUUGUUUUUGAGCAGCGCCAAGGACGUCUCUCGAAUCUGCUGUCCUCCAGGACCGUCGAUGGUGGGAGGUGCAUCGCGAGCAAUUCCGCGACGAACUUUCCGCACCCGGAUGAUUGC